UUCACCAGCUGCUCCUCUUAGACCUCCGCCUACUUCGCGGAUUUUAUGUAGAUGUGAUUUCCUAGAAGGUGAUAUUAGAUGCUAAUCAUCUCUUGCAUCUGAAAUGCCAAUCAAUUCCAACCCAGCUCUCUAGGACCUCCCUGGGACUCUAGCAUCAAAAGGUGACGCUUUGGGUCUUGUGGACAACUACUGGAUCCUUGCCUUUCCACCAGGAGACAGCCACUGCUGGACCGCUCGGACCACAGCCUCUCUUGCCUCAAAAGCCAAGCCAUGCCAAAGGAGCAGCAAGUCAUGGGUCCACUGAAGGGUCCCCACAGCUCAACUUCUGCACCAACCACCAUGAUCAACAUGCCUGCUGAGAUCUCCAUGCCCGAUCACGUGAUCUGGUCCACAUUCAAUGCACUCUUCCUGAACUUCUGCUGCCUGGGUUUCAUAGCAUAUGCCCAUUCUGUGAAGUCCAGGGACAGGAAGAUGGUGGGCGAUGUGACUGGGGCAAAGGCCUACGCCUCCACUGCCAAGUGCCUGAACAUCUGCGCCCUGGUCUUCAGCAUCAUCAUGAUCAUUGUCUUCAUUGCUCUUUACGCCAGCAAAUUUAGUUAUGGGGCCUUCUAGUCCUGCCUUGGGCUCCACUGUCUACGGCUGCCCCACACCCUGGUCUUGGGCCUGACACUUUACCCCACACAUCAGCAGCUGUUAGCUCGCAUCUGUUCACAGUGGAGUCAAUAAAGUGCACGUAUUGACAACUA